CUUUCCCACCCCCAUUUCUACUGUGGGGGGGAUUCUAAAGAGGAUCCUCGCCACCCCCACCUCACGCACGUAUCUCAGUUCUUUUUUCUAUCAGAAUUCCCCAUGCUUGCCCAUGGAUCGCGUUUAACUGUUUACACGUAGAUUCAGAGUCAUAUCCAUUUGAGGAUCACUAUACUCGUUACCAGUUUUAAUAAUGGUUUGCGGGGGACAGUCAGCUACGGGUGAAAGGGAGAUAUACACACUGUUUCCCUGGAUGGUUUCGGAACAUGGUGUUAAACUUUAAAAUGGAACCCUGAGAACAAUCCGCGGGAACGCUGCUGUGAAUCACUUUGCCACAGAGCACAUUUCUGCGCCUGGGCCAGAGCCUGGGCAAUCUCUCUCUCUUCGUCCCAUCACUGACUCCCAGGUCUUUGCUUUGUGGAGGCAGGAUGGACAGAUUCCUGGUGAAGAGGGUUCCAGGGGACCUUUUGGGAAAGAGGGAGCAAGAGCAGGCAGGAAAAGGCCCAGCAGGGCAGGGAGAAGACGAGGAAAGCACCAGGAAAAGGCCCAGGAGGGAACCACUGGGGAAGGGUGCGGACUUGGCAGGCCCCAGCUGGCAACACAUUCGGUCCGAGGGCCUGGACUGUGAUUACACAAUCCUGUUUGGCAAAGCCGAAGCGGACGAGAUUUUCCAGGAGUUGGAGCAAGAAGUGGAAUAUUUUACAGGCGCACUGGCCCAGGUGCAGGUGUUUGGGAAGUGGCACAGUGUGCCGAGGAAGCAGGCGACCUACGGUGACCCCGGGCUGACCUACACGUUUUCAGGCCUCACUCUGUCCCCAAAGCCCUGGAUCCCGGUGCUAGAGCGAGUCCGGGAUCGUGUUUCGCUGGUGACUGGACGGACCUUCAACUUCGUGCUCGUUAACAGGUACAAAGAUGGCCGUGACCACAUUGGGGAACACCGAGAUGACGAAAGAGAACUGGCUCCUGGGAGCCCCAUCGCCUCCGUCUCCUUCGGGGCCUGCAGAGACUUCUUCUUCCGGCACAAAGACUCCCGCGGGAAAAACCCCACCCGGAGGGUGGAGGUGGUCAGGCUCCCGCUGGCCCACGGGAGUCUGCUGAUGAUGAAGCCCCCAACCAACUCUUGCUGGUAUCACAGUCUCCCCGUCCGCAAGAAGGUUCUGGCUCCGCGCGUCAACCUGACCUUUCGUAAAAUUCUGCCUGCUAGGAAGUAAACAGGUUUUCCAGUGA